CAAUUAGCUUUAGCAAUUUCUGUACGCAUGCUAACUUUUGGGGGACGUACGUACUGAUUUCCCAUCAGUAUUAUAUUAGUUUUGUAUACCAGUCCUAAGUACUAUGAAAAAAGUUUUAUUUGGGAUUAAUUAAAAAUUUCUUUUUAAUUUUUAUAUAAUCACAUUUACGAAGUUGUUCUACUCGAGUAAGUGUGUUUAUGCGUUUUCAGUUUACUGAUCGAUGUCAGGACGACAACAUUUACCAGAUCUGAAUGCUGAUGUGCUGAUCGUUAGUUCCUUGUGACUUCCUAGUCCCAUCUAAUGUGAAAUUCUGCAUCCCCUCUUGGCAGUUUAAAACCAUGUCUAUACAGAAGGGAGUAAAACCCUCUCUACGCUUUGGGCAGGUGGUUAUCGGACCUCCAGGCUCAGGUAAAACCACUUACUGCCAAGGGAUGCAGGAGUUUUUAACUAACGUGGGACGCAAGGUGGUUGUAGUUAAUAUGGACCCAGCCAAUGAAGGGAUACCAUAUUCUUGCGCAGUGGAUGUUUCAGAGCUGGUCACUCUGGAUGAUGUCAUGGACAGCCUGAAGCUUGGACCCAACGGUGGGCUUCUGUACUGCAUGGAGUAUAUUGAGGCAAAUCUGGACUGGUUGGAAAGCAAGCUGAAAGAAUACAGUGACUGUUAUUUCUUGUUUGAUUGCCCCGGGCAAGUGGAGCUCUACACUCACCAGAGUUCGGUUAAGAAUAUAUUCUCACAGUUGGCAAAGUGGAAUUUCAGGCUGACAGCAGUUCACCUUGUGGACUCUCAUUACUGUGCUGACCCAGCCAAGUUCAUCUCUGUGUUAUGCACUUCUCUUUCCACCAUGCUGCAUGUGGAGCUUCCCCAUGUCAACAUUCUCUCCAAGAUGGAUUUAAUUGAGCAGUAUGGCAAAUUAGCCUUCAACCUUGACUUUUACACAGAAGUUAUGGACCUGACCUAUCUUCUUGAUCAUUUGGCUGCAGACCCCUUCUUUAAAAAAUUCCACCAUCUAAAUGAAAAGUUGGCUGAAGUCAUACAAGAUUACAGCCUUGUCUCCUUUGUUCCUCUCAACGUACAGGACAAAGAGAGCAUGAUUCAGGUCUUACGAGCAGUGGACAAGGCCAAUGGCUACUGCUUUGGAGACCUGGAGGAGAGGAAUCUGCAGGCCAUGAUGUCAGCUGCUGUGGGCGCUGACUUCCAGUUCAACUCUACACUCGGGGUGCAAGAGAGGUAUGUGGAAACCAGUGGAAAGAGUGUGGAGGAGGAAAUGAUGGAGCUGUAAAGUGAAAAUGCCAAUUAGAAGGACAAUAGUGUACACCUCCUUAGCACCAGUGUACCAGUGGAGUCUUGGCAACAUCCAAUUCACUUGGCCUGAAUCAAUUCAAAAGCACGGGAAAGACUGAUACUAAAACUGGGUGUUGUACAUUAGGUGCUUUCACCACACCUCCUACAAACCACAAUGUGGGAGAGUGAAGGAAGAAAAAGCUGAGAUUUUCUUCUUUAUUAAUAAAGUGUAGUCUGCUGAAUCUUAUUUUUGUACUGGCAAAAAUGUUUCAUACAUAUGCAGAUGCUUCUUAAAAUUUGUCAAAAGUAGAAUCCUUCAUUUUAAUCUCUGUUGUUAGUGAUUUUCUUCUUUUUUUUUUUUUUUUUAAUGGCCCAUUUUCACCCAUAAGUGCAGUUAUUGAAUGUCACGUCCAUCUCAAAAUAAUAAAAUGACUCCAUUCAAUAUGGA